GCAAACUUAUUGAAGUGUUGGCACACUUAUUUAUAAUUUGAUAAUGUAUCUGCAUCACUGCAGGUUUAUUUAUGUUCUCCCCAUGUUCAGGUAGUACAAUGUUUUGUCUGAGUUAUUUGAAAUAAAUAAAUGAAUGAAUAAAAAGGUGGCAUAUGUCGUUAUUUUUUGCUGGCACGUGCUGAAGGCUCAACGGCAUGUACAACGGUCGUCUAUUUGCCAUCUCUGUGCUGGUGUUUUUGCAGAUAACCCCUCUGUUGGGCGAGUAGACGGUCGCCUCGUGAGGCAACGGCGGGGGCUUGUGCUCCGAGGGCUUGGGGACGGCUCCGACUGCGUUGUACGGCACUGCUUCGUCUCGACGACGCCCGCUCGGAUCCGCUGCUCCCCGCUUCUGCGCACGCGCAAUCUUUGGAUGGCGGCAAAGCUCUUGCGCCCUUUUAUCCAUCCCCUUCCCCUCCUCCAAAUCCCACCCACAAACUGCAGCGGAGGCGAAGCAGGAGAACUUGGGGCUGGAUCAGCAAUCCGCAGCGGCAGUGUGGAAGCUCCUAGCUGUGUCCGCGGCGUGCGAGCAGAAGGCGGUGACGGCGCUGGAGGCGUAGGGCGGGAAGACCGCGACGAUGCCGCCUGGGCGGAGCGAGCGACAGCGGCGUGGGACCGGAAGCCCGCGACGGCGCAGGGAAGUCCGCGAGUCAUUCACGCUGCUCGAGCUGCCUCACGGGCUUACUAAGCACAGCCAAGGGAGAACCUUGGCAUUGUUAACUGUCAAAGCAUCGAUGAAAGCAGCCAGUUCCACUGAAAUGAGUAAGAUGGAUUCAGUUUCAGAUGUAUGCAGUAGCCUGACACGGAGCUUGAAUGAGCAAAGGAGCUUGAUGGCAGUACCUGUUUUUGUGAAGCCUUCCAGAUUCUUGAGAUGGCAGUGCAUGUUUUUGUGAAAUGUUUUUAAGACGGCAGUACCUGUUCUUGUGAAGUAUUCCGAAAUCUUGAGAUGGCAGGAUAACUGUAUAUGUGAAAUAUUUCAGUUAAUCUUGAGAUGGUAGUACCUGUUUUGUGAAUUUAAUUUUGUGAAUGUUUAAGUUAGAAACCUUCAAAUGCGAAAUAUUUGAAUAUAUUGUUCAUUAUUCUCUCAUGUA